UUACUUUGUUAUUAAAUCUAAAUUCGUCAUGUCUCGGAUAAUUUGCCACUUUGCAACACCGGGUGAAUAGCGUGUGCAUUUGUGCUUUCUCUUUGCCUUGCUUCGACUAAAGAGAAGAGAUUUAUCAUCAGACUUUCGCUUUGAAUACACACGGCUUAUCGCUAUAUAAACUUCAAGUCCAUCAUGCCAUCUAGUCAUCUCAAAAACAAUAAAGCGAAGCUUUGUCGUUUGAUUAUUGACCAAGGAACUGUCACGUUACGACUGUAUCUCGAUUCUAUUCAUCCUCCCGCCACUUUACCUGGCGUCUUGAACUCUUACUACUCCUUAUUGAACGGACUGCGGGUUACAAAUGCAGAACAAAUGAAGAAAUUGUAUCCUCCCAGUGGAGUGCUUCCUUCAUUGCCGACGACAACGUCUAAUGAUUAUGAUAUCACUCUAUUGUUCAUUUUGCUCCGCAACAUUUGCGGUCUCGCAGCUCCUAUUACGACUGGAUCAUGGGAUGCAAAUCCUCCGCCCCACGACCUAAAUCCUGAAGCUGACUUGGUUCGAGUUAAGUAUUAUAGAAACUUAUUAUACCACAUGGAGGACACUGAGGUCAGCGAUGCUGAUUUCGAUACUUACUGGAAUGACAUUUCAAGUGCUUUGACUAGGCUCUGCCGUAAGCCUGGUAUAGGUGUUGAUCCCCGAGGCAAUAUUGCAUAUAUUAAGACGGCUUGGCUUGAUGAAGAUUACAACAUUGGCUUACUAAAUGAGUGGUUUGAAAGCGAUAAACAGGUAGAAGCACUUGUGCUCAAUGUGCUGGAUGAAACUAAAAAAGUUGGAGAAAUUGCGAGCAAGUAUGAAGUCCUCUUGAAUGAAAAUUUAAAAGAAGCGAAAGAGACUGGAGAGAAAGUGAUGCUGUAUGAAAAUCUCGGGCGUGAAAACUUGAAUCGAACUAAAAUUAUUGGAGAAACUUUGGAACACUUGAAAUCCGUACAAGUAGCUCAGUCCAAAGCAAUUAUUAUUGGGUUUCUUUUCCUAUUGUGCUUGUUGUAUCUUUAUUAUGUUUCCCCACAGAACGAGCCCAUACCGAGAGGCUACUCUUACCUUAAUGUACCCCUUAAUCUUUCCAAUCCUCAUUUUGUUGGCCGAAAAUGGGUCUUCCAAAAGUUUGAGGAAAUUUUGAACCAAAGCAGCGUACGUGGAGUCCUACUUGUGUGCGAACUAGGGUGGGGCAAAUCGGCCACCAUGAAACGGUUGAUAGACUCGCCCAUGUCAAGUGCUGUUAUUCAUAAUAACAUUAUUGGUUACCACUUCUGCAGGUAUAACAGCAAAACAACGCGACGUAAUGGUAAGCAAUUCGUGAGAGAUUUAGCUCGAUUAAUUUCAGAAAAAAAUAAGGAAUACGCUGAAAUAGUUGGAAACGACCAGUUGAUACAAUCUGCAAUUAGUCGAUGUGAAAGACAGCCUGUGGAAUGCUUCGAGAGUGCAAUAGUUAAUCCUCUUCAAAAACUAAGCGAUAUUGAUAGAAAUAUAUCGUUUAUAGUUAUUGACGCAUUAGACGAGUGCUUGGAGAUAGAGCAGCGCCACCAAUCUGUAAUUCUAGAUAUUUUACACCGUGGCUUUCCCAAACUGCCACGUUGGGUAAAAAUUAUUGCAACGUCCAGAAACCAACCACAGAGCAUUGGUAAAAUGUCGAAGAUUGGGUUUUCGAUUUGGAAAGUAGAAGUAGAAGACGAUCGCCAUGAACGAGAUCUUCGUAUGUACGCAAAUCAAACACUUCAUCAUUUUUUCACCGAAAUUCCGCAAACGAAGGAAAAAUUAUCUUUGGAUGACAUGAUUGACCUCGCUCUGAAGUCUUCUAAAUUCAAUUUUCUGUUUCUUCAAACAAUUCUUGAGUUCUGGAAGAAAUAUCCAAGCGAAAUUGACUCGCAGUCCCGUCCAGAGGAUUUAGGAAAGGUUUUCACUGAAGUUUUUUCGAAACGAUUCAACGAGGCCGAUUUCCGUCUCUUUGAACCAUUUUUUGAGGUGCUUCUUGCAGCGAGUUCACCCCCAACGUUUUUCGAGCUUAACAAAAUAAUAAACUACCGCUACGAAAAUUACAAUACCCGUGUAAUUGUUGACAAACUUUCCGAAUAUUUAAAGUCAGACCAUGGACCCAUUGAAUUUCAUCAUCAGUUUUUUGCAGAAUGGCUUAAGAACCAAACCUCUAACGUUGACGGAAUUGUUAUUCAGAAGUCGAGAGGUCACCAAUAUAUAGCCGAUUAUCUAUUUCAUUUUUAUGACGAAAGACACACUGGCGUUAGGUUUGAAGAGAUAUCCCAAUUAUGUGUGCAUGUCUUAAACGGAGAAAAGGCAACCGAAUCGAAUCUCAACAGACUUGCUUUAUUAAAUGUGUCUGGAGUUCGAGAUUCCUGGUCGAGAUGUAUACUCCAUGAUCUAGCAUCAAAACGAGACGCUACUGCGAUUAUUAGUGUUUUCGUAAAACAGUUCGACCAUGUCGACAUUCUGGACGAUGACGAUUGGACCCCUGCAAUGCAUGCUGUAGCGUCCGGCAAUCAUGAAAACGUAAAAUUAUUCAUCGAGAAUGGAGCAACUGUCAAUCAUGUAGUUAAACGUACAUUUUGUUUCUUCUGGGAUUUCAUGGUUCUUCGUGAUUCUUAUGAAAAAAACGCCAGCAUGAGUUUUAUAGCGGCAUAUAGGGGAUACGAAGAAAUUGCGAAUCUUGUGAUUAGGACGGUGGUUGCAAGUGGUGGAAACCUAGAAGAAACGGACGGUUGUGGGUGGAAGCCUCUGUAUGCCGCAGCUGUGAUGGGCCAUUAUAAAAUAGUUGAACUUUAUAUUAAUAACGAGGCUCAGGCCGAUCUCAUUUCUCUUCAUCACGCAGCCGCGCGAAAUCACACGAAAAUUGCGAGGUUCCUUUUAAAUACAGGAGUGCGCGAUACCUGCUUGCCUUGCAAGUCGGGAAAAAUCUCGUGGUGUCGGCAUAACCUACGUCGUUUCCAUCAUUGCCUUUGCGAAACAGCCCUUCAUGCAGCCGUGUCUAGGGAUAACGUAGAGAUGGCGAGUAUAAUUUUAACAUAUGGUAACGCAUCCGUAAAUUGUGUGCAUGGGUCUGGAUGGACGCCCCUGAUGGAGGCGAUGUGGCGAAAGAACAGUCGGAUGGUGGACCUUCUCGUGAGCGCCGGCGCAGACGUCGAUGCAGAAUGCCAAAGCUCGAAUUCAAACUUGUUCAACGAAUGCAGCUUCAAGGCCUACGAAGAAGACGAGUGGCUAUACAAUCGACAUUGUAACCAACCUGUUUGCAGCCAUGGAGGCCGCAUGGCAGACUUUUUAUCAGCACUUGGUGCGUGGAGUAUGAAUCUCCCUUACCUGUCAAAGAGUAAAGGCAAGGUAUCUGAUAAUGUUAGCACCAUAAUUGCUGUGGGCAUUCAUGAUAAAAUUGAUUAUAUCAAUGCCAUGUAUGGCUCUGAAAUUAACACUAUUCCCCAUAUGAAGACAUUGUUGCGCUAUAUCGCUGUUUGUCAUUCAGUGGAGAUUCUUAAGCAUAUUUUGAGCACAGGAAAUUACACCAUAUUCACGAGUUUUCAUGAGGAUGGAAAAACUCUACUUCAUUUUGCCACCUUGGGGUCGUCGAAGCGUCGGACAGAACCUUAUGUGACACAAUCGUGCGCAUCAACUUUAUGCGUCUGUCCAAACAGAACGCGUAAGGAUAUUGUUGGUGAAAAACGUUUGGAAACCGUAGAGUUACUCGCUGGAGUUCUCACAUCAGUCAUAAAUAAGCGUGAUAACCAUGGACGAACCCCUCUCCAUUAUGCAGCUGUGCACGUGUCAACGGACGUGACCAAAGCUUUAGUAAAUGCAGGAGCUGAUUGGAGGACAGAGGAUGACGUGGGUGAUACGGCAUUAGAAUACGCACUACGAGAAAGAGAACCGUCUGAUAUUCCGAAAAACCAACCAUUGGAUGAAUUAGCAAUGUUUUUGUUGCAAAACAUGACCGUAAUGAAAUGCGACUCGAGGACCAAGUGGUUAUUGAGUGCAUUGCUAGCCCACAGAAUGCCUCGCUGCUUGAACAAAUUGUUUGAAUCAGGACUAAGCGUUAACUGCGCACGUGAAGAAUUUACGAGGUACCUUAACGCGUCAAUUUCCGUCGAUUGGAGUAGAAGAUAUGACGAGGUUCUAGAAGUUUAUAAGAAUUUUUUAAUUGAUGUCAAGGUGGUCUGUGACGCUUCAUUUAGUGAAUCUGAAGUUCAUCUCAUGGCGUAUUUGGGAACACCCUCGUUGCAAGUUGGAAAUCUUUUCCAGAAGUCGAUAAAUGGGAAUUCCUUUCCUCUUCAAAGAUUUAUUGAAAAUGAUUCGAAAGGAGUUGAUAUCUUAAAUCAGUGUUACGACAGGGAAGGGUUUUUGCCGUUUCACCGAGCAGUUCAGGGAACAAACUUGGACGCAGUCUUGUGGUUCAUUGAAAUUGGUGUUGAUGUUUGUAGGAAAACUAAAUCUGGUUUGACCGCCCUUUCCCUUGCCACAUUCAACUAUCCCGAUUCUUCAUCUUUUGUUCCACUAGAAAAUCACCGAAAACGUAUUUUUGAGAUAUUUCUCAGAAAAAUCGAAGAGGAAGAGCCUGCGAAAUUUCGUUGCAACGCCGACCUUAUAGACUUGUCACCGCUUCACGUGGCUGGGAGUAGGGGGAUGGGAAUACUGAACACUUUUCGCCUAAGGAUGCCAGAAUUUCCACUUAUUUGCACUAACAGUGACGGGAUUCAGCCUAUAUACCUGGCCUAUCUCUUCCACGCGACAAAUCCCUACCUAUCGUUGAAAGACAAGCAAGCAUUCCACGAUUUAGGUCUUUCACCCGAAAGACCACCCUCCAAAUGUCCCGAUCGUGAGGCAGAGUAUCAUUUGAUUUACAACCAGUUUUACCGCACACCGAAAGUAGAUAUGAGGAGCUCGCUUAGCGAUGAAGGGUUAUUCAAAUGCCCUGGAAUAAACGAAUUACUUCCCUAUAGAAAUGUAAUCGAGGAUUCAAUGCAACUAAAAGGAUGUGUCACAAGGUGUUGGCAGCUUGCAUUUGAAGCUCGUUGUGAUUUUUCAUUGAUUUUUCCUUACCUGAGGACUCAAAACAACAUCUCAAAUCCAUUCACGGACAGAUUUGUUGACAUUUUAGCUCUUAUGGCUGAAUUGAGGUUUCAUUUGCUCAAAAUGUUCCAUUUCAGGUGCUAUCAAUUCAGUUCAAUUGCUAUUCUGGAAAAAAAGCUGUGGAGAAAUGUAGCAAAAGCACACGCCUGUACUCGAACCUGUUCCUGUUUUGAAAUCAUGUUGCUUUUGCAGCAAGCGCUCACUGCUGAACCAACAAUGUAUAAAAUAGUUGGCAAAUUUGUUGCAGAGAGAAUGGGUUGGCAUGAUACGUCGCCCAACGGUGACGUGCUCUACCGUUGGCCCUUCAGAUUUUUGCUUAAGAAAGGUAAACGAAUGGAAACUGAUUACAAGUAUUUAGAAAUUCUCAGUCCACGGUUUUGAGGUCACUUACGAACUCCGGCUUAUUAUUAUAGAC